UGAUAAAAAAAAAGUGAGGCCACCACCUUGGUUGGCAUCACCAUCCUUCUUCUUCACUUGCUUUUGGAUCCUGAAAAGAAAAGGAAGAAAGCAUAGAGAGAGAGAGAGAGAGAGAGAGGCAUAUGCUACUGUGAUGGAUGCUUCAAAGGUAGCAGACCUAAAGCUCCUUGUUGAUCAGUGCAAAUCAAACCCUUCAAUUAUCCACACUCCCUCCCUUUCCUUCUUCAAGUCCUAUCUCCUAAGUCUGGGAGCUCAAAUUCCAACUGACCCACAGACGGAUAGAGGUGGUGUUAAAAUGGCAGACCCUGAGCAACAGUCUGAUGACAAGAAACCCUAUAUUUCAAAUGAAGAAGAUGAUGAUAUUAUUGAGUCUGAUGUCGAGUUAGAUAAUAACGGUGUUGUGGAACCUGACAACAAUCCUCCACAAAAAAUGGGAGACACUUCGGUUGAAGUUACGGAGGAAAAGCGGGAUGCUGCUCAAUCAGAAAAAUUAAAAGCCAUGGAUGCGAUAUCUGGAGGUAAGCUGGAUGAAGCUAUAAAUUAUCUAACAGAAGCUAUCAUGUUAAAUCCCACCUCAGCAAUACUAUAUGCAACUAGAGCUAGUGUCUUUGUUAAAUUGAGCCAACCAAAUGCUGCAAUCCGUGAUGCUGAUGCAGCUUUAAAGAUCAAUCCUGACUCAGCAAAAGGAUAUAAAGGUCGAGGGAUGGCAAGGGCCAUGCUUGGCCAAUGGGAAGAAGCAGCAAGUGAUCUGCAUGUAGCGUCAAAGUUAGAUUAUGAUGAGGAGAUUGGUUCCGUACUCAAAAAGGUGGAACCUAAUGCACACAAAAUUGAAGAGCAUCGCAGGAAAUAUGAACGCCUGCGGAAAGAAAGGGAACUAAAAAGGAGUGAACGUCAGAGGCAACAGAAGAAAGCUGAGGCACAAGAUCAGGAAGCAUUAUCUGCUUUUAAAGAUGGCCAGGUUAUUGGCGUUCAUUCCACCAGUGAGCUGGAAAUUAAGUUAAAUGCUGCUACAAGAACAUCACGGCUGGCGAUAUUGUACUUCACCGCAACAUGGUGUGGUCCCUGCCGCUUCAUUUCUCCUCUCUAUACGAGUUUAGCUGCAAAAUAUGCAAAGGUAGUGUUCUUAAAAGUGGAUAUAGACGAGGGUAGGGAUGUGGCAGCGCGAUGGAACAUUAGCAGUGUUCCUACCUUCUUCUUUAUAAGAAAUGGAAAGGAAGUUGAUAAGGUAGUUGGGGCUGAUAAAAAUACACUUGAAAGUAAGAUUGCCCAAUAUGCAAGCUGAUUUUGAGCCUAUGCCUAUGAAUGAAAGGAAGUUAGACUCCAGCUAUUUGUAAUGCCCCUUUCCUUGCAUAUGCAUGUGAAACAUAUCAAUAAUGAAAAGACUUGGCAAUAUCUUAGGAAAACUGUACCAUAUGUUUUAUUAAACUGACCUGCUGGGGGAUGGGCUUUUUUUUAAUUAGAAAAAAAAGAAGAAGAAAUUCUGGUGCUA